GGCCGGCUGCUGCAAGUGGGACGGGGGUCAGAGCUUCGUGGAGGGAAGAAAAACCUGGGGGGGGGCAGGAGAGAAAAAGCAAGACUCCCAGACACACAGGCAGGUGGAUACUGAGGAAGGCCCCCCACACGUGAGACCCCCCCCAGAAGAAACACACUGCCCCCGGCCCCCAGGAAGGGAGCACGAUGGAGGCUGCACACUCCAAGACCACAGAGGAAUGUUUGGCCUAUUUUGGGGUGAGUGAGACCACAGGCCUCCCCCCAGACCAAGUUAAGCGGCACCUGGAGAAAUACGGCCACAAUGAGCUCCCUACUGAGGAAGGAAAGUCCCUGUGGGAGUUGGUGGUAGAGCAGUUUGAAGACCUCCUGGUGCGGAUCCUUCUCCUGGCCGCCUGCAUUUCCUUUGUGCUGGCCUGGUUUGAGGAAGGUGAAGAGACCGUCACGGCCUUUGUUGAACCCUUUGUCAUCCUCUUGAUCCUCGUUGCCAACGCCAUCGUGGGGGUUUGGCAGGAGCGUAAUGCAGAGAAUGCCAUAGAGGCUCUGAAGGAAUAUGAGCCUGAGAUGGGGAAGGUCUACCGGGCUGACCGCAAGUCAGUGCAAAGGAUCAAGGCUCGGGACAUUGUCCCUGGGGACAUUGUGGAGGUGGCCGUGGGGGACAAAGUCCCUGCAGAUAUCCGCAUCCUCUCCAUCAAAUCCACUACCCUCCGGGUUGACCAGUCCAUCCUCACAGGUGAGUCUGUCUCUGUCAUCAAGCACACAGAGCCUGUUCCUGACCCCCGAGCUGUCAACCAGGACAAGAAGAACAUGCUUUUCUCGGGUACCAACAUUGCAGCUGGCAAGGCCUUAGGCAUCGUGGCCACCACCGGUGUGAACACCGAGAUUGGGAAGAUCCGUGACCAAAUGGCUGCCACAGAACAGGAAAAGACCCCUCUGCAGCAGAAACUGGAUGAAUUUGGGGAGCAGCUCUCCAAGGUCAUCUCCCUCAUCUGCGUGGCUGUUUGGCUUAUCAACAUUGGCCACUUCAAUGAUCCCAUCCAUGGUGGCUCUUGGCUCCGUGGUGCCAUCUACUACUUUAAGAUUGCUGUGGCCUUGGCUGUGGCUGCAAUCCCAGAAGGUCUUCCUGCAGUCAUCACCACCUGCCUGGCCUUGGGCACCCGCCGGAUGGCAAAGAAGAAUGCGAUUGUGAGGAGCCUGCCUUCUGUAGAGACCCUGGGCUGCACCUCUGUCAUCUGUUCUGACAAGACAGGCACCCUCACCACCAACCAGAUGUCUGUCUGCAAGAUGUUUAUCAUCGACAAGAUAGACGGGGACUCCUGCAUUCUGAAUGAGUUCUCCAUCACUGGUUCCACUUAUGCUCCAGAAGGAGAAGUCUUGAAGAAUGAUAAGCCAGUGCGGGCAGGGCAGUAUGAUGGGCUAGUGGAGCUGGCCACCAUUUGUGCCCUCUGCAAUGACUCCUCCUUGGACUUCAAUGAGGCCAAAGGUAUCUAUGAGAAGGUCGGUGAGGCCACCGAGACGGCCCUCACCACCCUGGUGGAGAAGAUGAAUGUAUUCAACACUGAUGUGAGAAGCCUCUCGAAGGUGGAGAGGGCCAACGCCUGCAACUCGGUGAUCCGCCAGCUAAUGAAGAAGGAAUUCACACUAGAGUUCUCCAGAGACAGAAAGUCCAUGUCUGUCUAUUGCUCCCCAGCCAAAUCCCGGGCUGCUGUGGGCAACAAGAUGUUUGUCAAGGGUGCCCCUGAGGGGGUCAUCGACCGCUGUAACUAUGUGCGAGUUGGCACAACCCGUGUGCCGAUAACAGGGCCAGUGAAGGACAAGAUCUUGUCAGUGAUCAAGGAGUGGGGCACUGGCCGGGACACCCUGCGCUGCCUGGCCCUGGCCACCCGGGAUACCCCCCCAAAGCGAGAGGACAUGUUCCUGGAAGAUUCUGCCAAGUUCAUUGAGUAUGAGGUGGAUCUGACUUUCGUUGGCGUGGUGGGCAUGUUGGACCCACCCCGCAAGGAGGUCACAGACUCCAUCCAGCUGUGCCGUGAUGCCGGAAUCCGAGUGAUUAUGAUCACGGGGGACAACAAGGGCACAGCCAUCGCCAUCUGUCGACGAAUUGGCAUCUUCGGCGAGAACGAGGAGGUGACGGGCCGUGCCUACACCGGCCGGGAGUUCGAUGACCUGCCCCUGGCCGAGCAGCGGGAGGCCUGCCGCUGUGCCUGCUGCUUUGCUCGUGUGGAGCCCUCCCACAAGUCCAAGAUUGUGGAAUAUCUGCAGUCCUUUGACGAGAUCACAGCCAUGACAGGCGAUGGCGUCAAUGACGCCCCCGCCCUGAAGAAGGCUGAGAUUGGUAUUGCCAUGGGAUCCGGCACCGCUGUGGCAAAGACUGCCUCAGAGAUGGUGCUUGCAGAUGACAACUUCUCCACCAUUGUGGCUGCUGUGGAGGAGGGCCGCGCCAUCUACAACAACAUGAAGCAGUUCAUCCGCUACCUCAUUUCCUCCAACGUGGGCGAGGUGGUCUGCAUCUUCCUGACUGCCGCCUUGGGGCUGCCUGAGGCCCUUAUCCCCGUGCAGCUUCUGUGGGUCAACCUGGUGACAGAUGGGCUCCCGGCCACGGCCCUGGGCUUCAACCCACCAGACCUGGACAUCAUGGACCGGCCCCCCCGCAGCCCCAGGGAGCCCCUCAUCAGUGGCUGGCUCUUCUUCCGCUACAUGGCAAUUGGGGGCUAUGUGGGUGCAGCUACUGUGGGAGCAGCUGCCUGGUGGUUCCUGUAUGCAGAGGAUGGGCCUCAUGUCACCUACCACCAGCUGACUCACUUUAUGAAGUGCACCGAGGACAGCGCCCACUUUGCUGGUGUGGACUGUGAGGUCUUUGAGGCCCCUCAGCCCAUGACCAUGGCCUUGUCUGUGCUGGUUACUAUCGAGAUGUGCAAUGCUCUCAACAGCCUCUCUGAGAACCAGUCCCUUGUUCGGAUGCCACCCUGGGUGAACAUCUGGCUACUGGGCUCCAUCUGCCUCUCCAUGUCCCUCCAUUUCCUCAUCCUCUACAUUGACCCAUUGCCGAUGAUCUUCAAGCUCCAGGCCCUGGACCUUGCUCACUGGCUUAUGGUCCUCAAGCUCUCACUUCCAGUCAUCGGGCUCGAUGAGAGCCUCAAGUUCAUUGCUCGGAACUAUCUGGAAGGAUAACCUGUUUCCCCCUCCUCCAUCUCUUUGAAUCCGUGUCACAGAUCCGGAAGAUGACAGAAGGAAGUAACCAGUCAGUCCUUUUGCCCCCUUCUUCCCCACCCUGAUAGCAAUGCAUCUUCAGCCAGAGCUGUGGCACAGACCCACCCCACACCCUUCCACUCCCCCUCCCAUGUUUCUGUUUAUAAACUCGAUGCCCAUCACUUCCCCUCCCCACUCUCAGCAACCUGCUCCUCCCUUUUAACCUUGUAAAACCUUCCCCGUUCCCAACCUCGUGGGGUUUGCAGGGACAAGGCGACCGAUUGAUCUGAGCUGCUUAUUUAUUGAAAAUAAAUGACCGAAAAGUCUAGCCU